GUGGAGAGGUUGCUGAGCUCCCCCUUUCCUUCCCUGCAGGGCGUCAUGGUGGGUAUGGGUCAGAAGGACUCCUAUGUAGGAGAUGAAGCCCAGAGCAAGAGAGGUAUCCUGACCCUGAAGUACCCCAUUGAACACGGCAUCAUCACAAACUGGGACGACAUGGAGAAGAUCUGGCACCACACCUUCUACAAUGAGCUGCGUGUAGCCCCUGAGGAGCACCCCACCCUGCUCACUGAGGCCCCCCUUAACCCCAAGGCCAACCGUGAGAAGAUGACCCAAAUCAUGUUUGAGACCUUCAAUGUCCCUGCCAUGUACGUGGCCAUCCAGGCUGUGCUGUCCCUGUACGCCUCUGGCCGUACCACUGGUAUCGUGCUGGACUCCGGUGAUGGUGUGACACACAAUGUCCCCAUCUAUGAAGGGUAUGCCCUGCCCCAUGCCAUCAUGCGCUUGGAUCUGGCCGGCCGGGACCUCACUGACUACCUGAUGAAGAUCCUGACUGAGCGUGGCUAUUCCUUUGUCACCACAGCUGAACGUGAGAUUGUCCGUGACAUCAAGGAGAAGCUGUGCUAUGUGGCGCUGGACUUUGAGAACGAGAUGGCCACCGCUGCCUCUUCCUCCUCCCUCGAAAAGAGCUACGAGCUGCCUGAUGGGCAGGUCAUCACCAUCGGCAACGAACGUUUCCGCUGCCCAGAAACCCUCUUCCAGCCUUCCUUCAUUGGUAUGGAGUCCGCAGGCAUUCAUGAGACCACCUACAACAGCAUCAUGAAGUGUGACAUUGACAUCAGGAAGGACCUGUACGCCAACAAUGUCAUGUCUGGGGGUACCACCAUGUACCCAGGUAUUGCUGACCGCAUGCAAAAGGAGAUCACAGCCCUGGCCCCCAGCACAAUGAAGAUCAAGAUCAUUGCCCCACCUGAGCGUAAGUACUCUGUCUGGAUCGGUGGCUCUAUCCUGGCCUCCCUGUCCACCUUCCAGCAGAUGUGGAUCACAAAGCAGGAAUAUGACGAAGCUGGCCCAUCCAUUGUCCACCGUAAAUGCUUCUAAACAUGUUUACGUGAUCACUUUGCCAACCAUGCUCAGGAUGACAACCUUCUAGGUUGCAGGCUACCGAGGACCUGCAACAGCCAUGUAACUUUCUAUUUUGUAACAAUUUCUGGUUACUGUUGCUGCAAAGCUCCACAUGACACAGUGUAUGUAAAGUGUACAUAAAUUAAUUUAUUUUACCUCGUUUUGUUUGUUUUUAAAACCAAUGCCCUGUGGAAGGAAACAAAAAACUUCAAGAAGCAUUAAAUCAUCAGUCAUUCUGUCACACCCCUAA